AUGAAUCCAGAAACGAUGAAUGAAAAUGGUAAAAGCCUUAAAAUUUUAUUCACUGCUUUGUUUGGUCCUGGUCAUUUGAAUGCAUGCCUUGGUAUCGGUUCGUUGCUUCGUAAACGCGGUCAUCAAAUUUAUUUUGCUCAUUUUCCUAGACAUCGUGCAACUAUCGAAAAACAUGGUUUCUUGUUUAUUUCAUUGUUGGACUAUGCUGAACCCGAAUUCCCAAUAGUCGAUAUGUUGCCCGACAUUGGAAUUAUUGCUAAAUUUGCGUUUGAGAGGAUGCAUAAAUUAACACCAUUGGAGCUAUUCAGACAUGCAUCUGGUAAACAUACUUUCGCUGGUAUGGUUAAUGGAUCAAAAGGUGAAAAUUAUGCCAUGAUGAAGAUCGUUAAAGAGUAUAAGCCCGAUGUUUGUUUAGCUGAUUACCUCUUCAAUAUGCCUUGGAUGUUUACUGUUGAUUGUCCAGUUAUUCCUGUCAAGUCUGUCAAUCCAAUUGAACUGUAUAAUGGUCCUCCUGCACUUACAGGGUGUUCAAUUCAUGAUCCACCGUCUGUUAGGGAAGAGAUUGAGCAACUGGCCCGAAAAUCUGAAUUAGAAUUGGAAAGUGAACUUGAAAAGUUGUUUGCUCAUUUCAACGUUCCACUUGUAUCAUAUAACUAUGCACAACAGUUGGGAAUUUACAUUUACCCAGGUCCAUUGGAUUACAAGGAAUUGGGUUCACCAAAAGAGAACUGGGUUCGCCUUGAUUCGUCCAUUCGUUCAACAGAAAUAUCCAAUUUCGAGUUACCAGAGAAACUUAAAGAUAAACCAGGAAAAUUGAUUUAUGUCUCAAUGGGAUCACUGGCUUCCGCUGUAACCGAACUACUAACCAUGAUAUUGACUCCAUUGGCCAACUCACCUCAUCGUUUCAUCGUCUCAACAGGCCCUAAUGGUGACUCAAUCAAACUAUAUGAUAACAUGUGGGGAGACAAGUUUAUCAACCAAGUGGCUCUUUUACCCAAAGUAGAUCUAUUCAUAACUCAUGGCGGAAGUAAUUCGCUGAUUGAAGGCUUAACUGCUGGUAAACCAUUGAUAGCUAUUCCUCAAUUCGGUGACCAACUAGAUAAUGCUCAAAGAAUAGCUGAUCUUGGCUUAGGGGUGAGGUUAAACUUGCAUGAAUUUAGUGGUGAGAAGUUACUAAAAGCCAUUGAAGAUGUGCUCAAUGAUGAAAAGAUUAAUGCGAAUGUUGCUCGAGUAAGUGAAGAGCUGAAAAAAUCUGAUUCAAAAGAUAAAGUUAUCUCUCUUAUUGAGAAACUUGCUCGAGACAAAAAGCUUUGA